GGGAAGUGGGGGGAGCAGCAGAGCCGGGGCUCCCCUGGGCCCUCCCCCAUUCCGAGGCUGGUGACAGAGCCAGCCAGGCUACAGGCGGGGCUGCUGUUCUCUCAGAGCUCUUGAGCUGUCUUUGAGCCAGGGCCUCGCCGUGCAGCCCGGGCUGCCCUCAAGCCCUCAGAGACCCUCCUUCCUCAGCCUCCCGUGCUUGGGUGGCAGGCCUGAGCUAUCACAGGAGAGGGGCUGCUACCCGCGGCUUGGGGCUCAGGGUGGCUUCCCUGCCUAGGCCGCCUGCAUGGGGACCGAGCUGGCCUGGGCGCUGCUCCUAGGGCUGCUGGGGCUGCAGAAGCUGAGUGGCCAGGAGCCAACCUGUGCUGUCUUCCCUGGAGACCUGGACUGGCGCCGUGUGUUCAAUGACAGCUGCCUGAACUUCAGCGGCCGCACACUGCGCCUGCACCCAGAUCAGCCCCUGCAGGCCCCCCACCUGCGGGUCCUGGACCUGUCUGGCACCGGCCUACAGGAGCUGUCGCUGCCCUUCCUGACAUCCCUGCGGCAGCUGCGGGUCCUCAGUGUGUUGCACAACCCACUGGACAAUGUGGACGCAGCGCUGGGCUCACACUGCGACCUAGAACUCAGGGCCGACUGCACCUGUGCCCUGGGUCCCUGGCAUCGGGCCUGGCAUGACAACUGCUCCAGCCAGGAGCCUCUGCACUGCCUGCACCAGGCCACAGGCACCUGGAGGAACGUCUCCGCCUUCCUGGAGGCCAGCUGCGCGCCCAGCCUGACCCUGGCUGCCAUUGGGGGGGUGGUGGCCGGUAGCACCCUCUUCCUCACACUUGUUGUGGCUGGUUCUGUGCUGGCCUGGAGACACUGCGGGCACCAUACAGCCGGCACUCAAGGCCAGGGCAAGGCCUGGGGACCUCAAGAUGCUGCCAGGACCCCCUCGAGCAUCCAGCCACGGUAUAGCAGCCGCAGCUCAGGGCUCAAAGCCCCUGAAGCCAGACCACCCCGAAUUGCUGCGCCCCAUUACGAGAAUGUCUUCCUGGGACAGCCAGAAGAGGGGCACCAAUGGCCAGAUCACAGGACUCACCCUCCUGAGGACAGCGGCUUCUAUAUGAACUACAGGGGCCCCAGCCUGGACGCACAGCCUGUCUAUGGCAACCUGCAGGCUCCAGCGCAUGAAGACGCAUAUGAGAUCUCCGAGCACUGAGCCUGCCAGGCCCUGCUGGGUGACUUGGGCACUUCUGCCCUCUCUGGCCUCAGUCUCUGAACACAGUCCUGAACGUCCCGGCUCUGCCAUCUCAGCUGCUGGAGGCACCAGCAGGAUGGGGCGAGCCCUUGCAUCCCCUCCCAUGGCACCAGGUGGUACUCAAUAAAUGCUCUGACGGACGGACGAGGCUGCUGGCUCCUGGCAAGUAUGAGACUGCAUGUCCCCGCCCCUGUGCUUUUGCCUGCUGUCUCCUGCGUCACCCAGAAUGCCACCCUCCGCCUAUGGUCCAAAAUGUUUUAAUUCUGAUGCGGAGCUGCGCCCUGGGAGUGAGGAGGUGCGGAUCCCAGUCCCGAGGGCCUCCGGGUUCCUGCUCCGAGUAUCUCGAGUCUAUUCAAGGCCAAACCUUAGCUGGAUUCUCUGUCAUUUGGGCCUGGCCUGGCCCCUGCCAUGUCCCACUCUGGGGGACAGAGCUGGCCACAGACAGCCCUGCUCCUAAAGCCAUCAAGCCUGGGCUGCAGGGGAGAUGGGGCCAAGGUCCCCAUUGGGUAUGACCUGAGGCUGCUGUGCAAGAGGGCAAUCUACAGCAGGUUUU